CUGAGUGAGGCAGCUCCGGAGCAUCAGAGCGGGACUGAGUACGGACUGAACCGCAGCUGGAGCGCGAGACGGCGGAAAGGAACGGGUCGCUGUAUCGGAUAACUCCACAUCUCUCCCAACCUUUACCGUUACUCUUCACCCAGCCAGGACAUGAACUGUGUAUUCUAACCCGGUUAAACGUCGCUCUCUCCCGCCCAAAAUGACGGUGGACUUUGAAGAAUGUAUUAAAGAUUCACCCCGCUUUAGGGCAAAUAUUGAUGAGGUGGAGACAGAGGUGGUGGAGAUCGAGGCGAAGCUGGAUAAGCUGGUGAAGCUAUGCAGUGGGAUGAUUGAAGCAGGGAAGGCGUACGUUAGCGCCAACAAGCUCUUCGUCAACGGCGUCCGGGAUUUGUCCCAGCAGUGCAAGAAGGAUGAGACCAUCUCGGAGUGCCUGGAGAAGUGUGGUGAAAGCCUACAGGAAAUCAUCAACUACCACAUGAUCCUGUUUGAUCAAGCUCAGCGGUCUGUAAAGCAACAGUUGCACAACUUUGUGAAAGACGACGUUCGCAAGUUCAAGGAGACCAAGAAGCACUUUGACAGGGUGCGUGAGGAUUUGGAAAUAGCGCAGGUGAAGAACGCUCAGGCGCCGAAGAACAAGCCUCACGAGGUGGAAGAAGCCACCGGCACAUUAAGCCUCGCUCGCAAAUGCUUCCGACACCUCGCUCUGGACUACGUGCUACAGAUCAAUGUCCUCCAGGCCAAGAAGAAAUUUGAGAUCCUAGAUGCUAUGCUGUCCUUCAUGCACGCCCAGUACUCGCUGUUCCAGCAGGGCUACAACCUGCUGGAUGAGAUCGACCCCUACAUGAAGAAACUGGCUGCUGAGCUGGAUCAGCUGGUGAUUGAUUCAGCCAUGGAGAAGAGAGAAAUGGAGCAUAAACAUGCAACCAUCCAGCAAAGAACCCUCAUGCAGGACUUUUCAUAUGAAGACUCCAAGGUGGAGUUCAACGUGGAUGCUCCUAAUGGUGUGGUGAUGGAGGGCUACUUGUUCAAGAGGGCCAGCAAUGCCUUUAAGACCUGGAACAGACGUUGGUUCUCCAUUCAGAACAGUCAGCUGGUCUACCAGAAGAAGCUCAAGGAUUCUCUGACGGUGGUGGUGGAAGACCUCCGGCUGUGCUCUGUUAAACCGUGUGAGGACAUCGAGAGGAGGUUCUGCUUCGAGGUUGUCUCUCCCUCCAAGAGCUGCAUGCUUCAGGCUGAGUCUGAGAAGCUAAGACAGGCAUGGAUUCAGGCAGUACAAGCUAGCAUUGCCUCGGCCUACAGAGAGAGCCCAGACUCCUACUAUAUAGAGCAUUUAGACAGAACCGCCUCUCCGUCCACUAGCAGCAUCGAUUCGGCCAGUGAGCCGCGGGAGCGCAGCGGGCGCGGGGGGGAGAGCAUCCUGCAGCGGAUCCAGUGCCUCCCGGGGAACCAGCAGUGCUGUGACUGCGGCCAGGCCGACCCGCGCUGGGCCUCCAUCAACCUGGGCAUCCUGCUGUGUAUCGAGUGCUCCGGCAUCCACAGGAGUCUUGGAGUUCACUGUUCGAAGGUUCGCUCACUCACACUAGACUCAUGGGAACCAGAAUUAUUAAAGUUAAUGUGUGAGCUUGGAAACAGUGUCCUCAACCACAUCUAUGAAGGCUCCUACCAAGAACAAGGUCUGAAGAAACCCUUACCGUCCAGUUCAAGGCAGGAGAAGGAGGCUUGGAUUAAAGCAAAGUACGUAGAGAAGAGAUUCCUGAAGAAGCUGGGCUCCACAGAGAUACUCAUUAAUGGAGAGAGGAAGUCAGAGCGGCGGUGGAGCGUGAAGAAGUGUCGGAGACACAACAGUGCCACCAUGGUACCCAAAACACGGCGAAGAUACCGCCAAGAGCCAGGCAGCACCUCGCCGUCCGCCCUCUCCUCAGCAGCUGCUAAGUUCAGACGAGACUCCCUGUUUUGUCCUGAUGAGCUGGACUCUCUCUUCUCCUACUUUGACACAGGAUCUGGGCCUCGAAGUCCGGCAGGCCUGAGCAGUGACAGCGGCUUGGGAGGCAGCACAGACGGCAGCACAGACAUCCUGGUGUUUGGCUCCGUGGUGGACAGCGUCACCGAGGAGUGUGAGGUGUCGGAGGACUCGAGUGGGGAAGCUGAGCUGGACGUGGAGCCGGAGACGUCGGACCCGGAGGACAUGAGGGACCUUCAUCCCGGAGCGCUGCUCUGCAAGGCCUCCAAAGCCCGCAACCUGCCCGUCAUGGCUGAAGCUCUAGCCCACGGGGCCGAUGUCAACUUGGUCAACGAUGAGGACGAAGGAAAGACGCCUCUCAUACAGGCCGUCAUCGGGGGUUCACUGAUCGCCUGCGAGUUCCUGCUCCAGAACGCUGCUGACGUCAACCAAAGGGACGCGAGAGGGAGGGGCGCCCUGCAUCAUGCCACAUAUCUGGGACACACGGGGCAGGUGUGUUUAUUCCUAAAACGGGGAGCGACGCAGAACGACGGCGACGAGGACGGCCAGGACCCUUUGAGCAUAGCUGUACAACAAGCCAACGCAGAUAUAGUCACACUGCUGCGUCUGGCCAGGAUGAACGAGGAGAUGCGGGAGUCGGAGGGACCCUUUGGACAGCCAGGAGACGCCACAUACCUAGACAUCUUCCGAGAAUUUUCCCACAUGGCAUCCCACAACCCGGAGAAGCUGAAACGAAGGAGUGUGCACUUCCGACACUCCUUCAGGUAGUCUGCCAACGAGCGUCUGCAGCCACAAAAACAUGUACUUGAAAAGUGCAACAGCCACUUUCCAUAUACUCAACUGGGGUUGUAUCAUCAUAAGUAUACCCGAUUAGAAAAUGAUCAUAUUUUAUUAUAAUAAGUUACCCAGUCUGUUUUAUUCCACAGAGAAAUGUACCUUUCAUGCAGUUUUUAAUUGUCUUUACAUUUUUACAGUCGCUGCAUUAUAUCUGCAAGAGUCUCAUGCUGUUCUUAAAUCAACCUUUUAUUUUGAAAUGAGGAUUUGCUGGUCUUUUCCUCUUGAAUGCUUUUAUAAUAUAAAUAAAUAUAUUAUUGAUUUUGUACAUUGUUAGAUGAAACGUUUUGGAUAAAAUGCCAAGCACUUGUUUUGUUUUUGUUUUGUAGUUUGCAGCAUCAGUUUCAUUAUUUAGAAUAUUGAAGGAAUACUUUUUAUAAACACACUUUCUUGUGUGUGUAAUGCAUGCGUUUGCUCCAAUUAUAUUCAUACUUAAACUUGAAUGCAGCUGUUGCAUGGAUAAGAGUGUCAUAUCAUCAGUUUUCAUGAUCAACAAUCUUGAAGUCGCAAUAUUAUUUCUCUUGAUGAGCAGUUUAUUUUGUCAUAAAAAAUGUGUUUUUUCUUGCAUCGACUAUGCUGGUGUAGUCCUGGUAAUUUUUUGUUUUAAUGUACUUUGCAGUACCACUACAAAAUGCAGUACUUUUGCUACUGUAUACAUGCUGUAGAUGUAAAAAUGCUAAUAUAUCUGAAUGAACAGGAAAGCAGAUGAAAGAUGUAAGAAAAAUAAUAAAUGGUCUGUGUUUACACA